AUGUGUGUCAUCGUUUCGUUUGAACAGAGUGACAUUCAGGAUCAAACUGAUUCGGUAUUGGAAGUGAAAUUGGAAGAUCUCGAGAAUCGGUGGCAACGACUGCAGGCUACCUAUGAAGGUCUCAUGCUAGCUCCAAGGAAUGUCAAUACCAAAGACUUCCGGGAGAAUGCUAGAAUUAAUUUCAAUGCUAGCUCCGAGGCCUAUUACACGGCGAGGUCCCAAAUCCUAGAUAUUCUAAGAAUGUCAGGUGGAAAUUCUCGCCAAAACGCGAGACAUAGCCUUAUUCCCGCUUACAUUCCCCAGCCUUCGGUUAACCACUCUUCUCAAGAUGUUGCUAACAGUUACAUCAAAGUCCCGCCAUGUGAUACAGAGGUAUUUAAAGGAGGUUACGAAGAAUGGCCGUCAUUCCGUGACAUGUUCACGGCGGUUUACGUCAACCAUCCGAAAUUGACAAGAGCUCAGAAAUUGUAUCAUUUGCGGAACAAGACUAGGGGUGCGGCCGGCGACAUAGUCAAAAGAUACACUCUUUGCGACGAAAACUUCGAGCUCGCUUGGAGUGCUCUAAAGGCUCGCUAUGAGAACAAGCGUGUCUUAGUAGAUAAUCAAUUAAAGAUUCUCUUCAACAUUCCUUCAGCUUCUGUGGAGAACAGUGAGGCAAUUCACAAAAUUCAAUCCACCGUGAGUGAUUGUCUCUGCACUCUCAAGACUCUUGACGUCAAUGUAGAAAGCUGGGAUCCCAUACUGCUAUACUUGGUUUCGACCAAGCUGCCAGAUGAAACGCUGGCUCUGUGGAAACAAUCCCUCAGAUCUCAUCGCGAUCUUCCUACCUGGAAUCAGCUCGAUGAAUUUCUCAUCAACAGGUAUGAAAUCGUGGAACGGCUCUCGAGCAUAAAAGCCACAAAGACCAGAAGUUCGCUCCCGUCUCAAAGCAGUGGUAAGAUUCAAACUUAUCACUCGCAAGAAAAGCUAAGCUCUUCUUGCCCCCUGUGCAGUUCCGACCACACAAUAAGGAGUUGUGAACAGUUUCGGAAAUAUACUGCACAACAACGCAUAGAUUUUGCAUACAAACACAAAUGGUGCAUAAAUUGCCUCUCCUCAUCUCAUCUCAAGACAAAUUGCAAGAGCGUGAACACUUGCAUCAUUUGUCAUAAGCCACACCACUCUCUGCUUCAUCUAAGAGGUAAGCCAGAAGAAAAAACUGAGGAUAAUACAACCCAUUCUGGUCACGAGGAUGACAAGGGUCAAAUAAAAUCUUCUGGCAUAAAUUCAAGAAACACGUCUCAUAAUGAGGCUCCCUCAACUUCAGCCGCAAGGCGAUCCUCACAAGUUCAGGUCAAUUUUUCGGCCAACAACGACAUGAUUUUGUUACGAACAGCUCCAGUUCGUGUUGAACAUCAAGGGGAGUUAUUUACGCUAAGAGCUCUUAUUGAUCCCGGGUCUCAACGAACCUUUAUAACACAGAGAAUUCAGAAGCGCUUGCAAAUUCCCACUUCUAAAGCGCAUUUUGAGAUUUUUGGAAUUGGCGAGCAGACUCAGACGUCGAAUAAAGAAUGCCAACUAGUCAUUGUUGCGGAGAAAUACGAUGUCCGCUUUUCAGUCUCGGCAAUAGUAUUGCCUAAAAUGACAAAAUGGCUUCCGUCCGUCUCGUUCGAAAUCUCAAAUCCCUCAGAGUUGGAGGAGCUAGAUCUGGCCGAUCCAAAUUUCAAUAAAUCCGCUCAAAUUGACCUGAUUUUAGGCAAUGAUUCGGAACGAUUCAUAAAUAUUGAAGGUAUCAGGAAGAAUAUAUGUGGCGAUACCUCGGCAUACAUUACAGUUUUUGGCUGGGUAUUGAGCGGUCCAAUGCAAACUGAGAGAAUUUUCUCAUUUUCCACAAACGUGGUUGAAUCCGAAGAUGUGAAAAUAAGUGAACUUCUGAGAAAAUUCUGGGAGCUAGAAGAGGUACCUCUGGCUCCCCCUCUUUGCAAGGAAGAUCAGUUUUGUGAAGAGUUCUACUGUAAAACUACGUCCAGAUCCCCGGAUGCGCUAGCUCAGUACAAUCGGAUGGAGACAAAGCUCUCUGAUGAUCCCGAGCUAAACACCGAGUACAAUUCGGUGUUAAACGAAUAUAUUUCUCUCGAUCAUGCUCAGGAGACCUCGUCUCAGGAGAUUAACUGCGGUGGAAAAUACAAUUCCUUUUAUCUCCCUCAACACGCAGUUGUCCGAGCAGAGCACACUGGGCCUACACUACAAACCGAUUUGACAUCUGUGAUCCUCAGCUAA